CAACCAAGGGGUUACCUGCGGUGUAAGGUAUACUAGAGGCACAUGCAGCCGGCUCUCCCUCUUUAUUCCUGUGUCAGCGUGCCUGAUGGGUCCCUGUGAAACAGAUACUGCAGUAUGAGGAUGAGUACGAUGCAGCAUGGAAUAUGGAACCAUGCUCUGGGCUUCUAGCUUUAUCCAUAGGCAGUGUGUGUAAGUGUGUGUAAGUGUGUGGGGUUGGGCUUCUGAUGAAUUGCACAUUGCUCUGCACACUGGCAUUACACUGCUUCCCACAUCUCUAGCCCAAAGCACUCGCUUCCCCUUCAUUGCUGCCUGUGUAGUAUUAUAAAUACACUAUUAUUCUUCCUCCUGCCUUGGCUUUCAUCCGUUUUUCACGCUCGGCUUGGCAUUGGCUCACUCGUGGGUCCAUCAGGGGUCUGGCUGCCUCAUAAAGAUUUACGGAACUGCAGCAGCCAACUGGGCUGGAGGCUCCGCUCCUGAAAUUUCCUAUUUUUUAUGAUUGGAACUGCAAAUAUACACGGAUACGUCUUCUUCCACCGAUACUGCGGCUUCUGGAUCAGCCAGGUGAUUCCACAUUCACUGCCAAGUUAAACAUUGACAGUUAAAGGCAAUCAGAAGCAGUCCAGCUGCAGGGGGGCAAUGGGUUGUGGACUAAAAGGAGCCUGUGUUCAGUUGGAAUGACAGAAGAAUAAUAGGUUCUGACCCGCCUUACUUUCCUCUAGGUGCAGCAGAUUCCAGCAGGUCUGGGACCCACAUGAUAUCUGCAGAUGAUGCUGAAUACCCCAGGGAAUACCGAACCCUUGGGAAUGGGACACGGCGCUUCUCUAACGUCGGCCUGGUGCACACCUCGGAGCGCCGGCAUACCGUGAUUGCGGCACAAAGCCUGGAGGCGCUCACUGAGCUGCAGAAGUCUGAGAUGGAGAUGAAGAGGGACGCCUUCAUGGACCACCUCAAGAACAAGUAUCCCCAACAUGCUUUAGUGAUCCGAGGUCAGCAGGAGAGGAUUCGAGACCAGUUGCUCCAAGGCGCCUCACCUCUCCUGCUUGCAGGGACUUCAUGCAACCCUGAUGCCUUGAUGUAUAGGGAUACACAGGAGAAUGCCGUGCCCGUGUGCCUAGAUAAUCCAUCAUCGCAACCCAACUACUGGAGCUUUAAGACAAGGAGUUCACGACAUACCCAGAGCUCUCAGCCUGGUCUUGCCGACCAAGCAGCCAAAUUGUCCUUUGCCUCUGCUGAAUCACUGGAGACCAUGUCGGAAGCUGAGCUGCCACUGGGAUUCAACAGGAUGAACCGAUUCCGUCAGAGUCUACCUCUGUCCCGCUCCACCAGCCAAACCAAACUGCGCUCACCAGGAGUCCUGUUUUUACAAUACGGAGAUGAAACAAGGCGUGUGCACAUCACCCAUGAAAUCACCAGCAUGGACACUCUACACGCACUCAUUGUGCACAUUUUCCAGCAGAAGCUCACCAUGGGAAUGCUUAAAUCCCAUAAUACGGCCAUACUCAUUAAGGACGAAUCCCGCAAUGUCUUUUAUGAACUGGAGGAUGUCAGAGACAUCCAGGACAGAAGUAUUAUAAAGAUCUACAGGAAGGAACCCCUUUAUUCCUCGUUUCCUGCUCCUCAUAUAACCAACGGGGAUGUGAGAGUAAGCGGAAAAGACCGCUGGUCAGACUGCUGUCAACGGCUUUGGCUGGGUCUGGGCUGGGGGCUGGAAAGAGAGAUGAUGUACAGUUCCAGAGAUUCAUCUCCAACACGCCGUUUGAACACCAUGUCUCCUGCUUCCCAUUUGGCUUCAGGGUCACCGCCUCCUGUGCUCCAGUCCUCGUCCCCAGCUCGUUCUCGUAUGUCCUACAGUGGUGGUAGACCCCCCUCUUAUGCAGGCAGUCCAGUGCACCAUGGAGAGAGAAUAUCUGGUCUGCCUCCUGCUCAGGGGGUCUCCCCCAGCCCUAGUGCCAUUUUGGAAAGGAGGGACGUCAAGCCAGACGAGGAUCUUGCUAACAAGAAUAUGGUACUAGUGAAAAAUGAGGGACUUUAUGCAGAUCCCUAUGGAAUGGUUCAUGAAGGCAGACUUAGCAUUACAUCUACCCAGUCCCUUGCUGGUUUAGGUGACCCCUUCUCAUACCCUGGGGGGUUGUACAAGCGAGGGUCAGUGCGGUCACUGAGCACAUACUCAGCUGCUGGUCUUCAAACAGACCUAGAAGAUGGAAUGUACAAACCUAACUCUCAUAUCUAUGGCGAAACCUAUGGGACUGGGCUGGGUUUCAGAAUGCCACCAUCUUCCCCACAAAAAGUUUCUGAUGGAAGGUUGGUAGAUGUCCAGCAGAGUCAGAGUCCACACCGCCCCUACACAGGGUCCUCAAGCCGAUCGUCUCCUGUACGUCAGACCUUCCGCAAGGACUCUUCCUCAUCAGUAUUCGUAGACAGUCCUGUUAGUAAGCAAAGAAACCAUAGCUCCUCCUCCGGUAAUAAUGAAAUAUUCCCAGGACCUGGUGAAAGACCUCUUUCUGGGUUUGGAUCUCCAGUUCCUGCUAAGGAUUCAGAAACAAGGGAAAGAAUGGAAGCAAUGGAGAAGCAGAUUGCCAGUCUAACAGGGCUUGUCCAGAGCGCCCUUAUGCGGGGACCUGAUGGUGACAGUCCAAGUGAGAAGCCUGAAACAGUUAACGGGGGAGCAGCAAUUACAUCAGCGAUUGGUGCGGGGACCCCGUUGUCCACACCUACGGCAGGGUCCAGCAGCACCCCAGCAGACCAGAGCAAGGCCAUCAACCGCCUGCACAUGCAGCUGCACCUCCAAGGUCUCCAGCACAAUGCCAGCGAGCUGAGGAACCAACUGCAGCAAUUGAAGAAACUGCAGCUCCAGAACCAAGAAGCAGUACGGACCAUGCUAAAGCGAACCGAGACAGAGAUCAGCGUGAGAGUGACAGACACCAUGCGCAAGCAAGAAGACCCAUUACAGAGACAGCGGGCGAUGGUGGAGGAGGAGAGGCUAAAAUAUCUGAAUGAGGAGGAAUUCAUCACUCACCAGCUCAAUGACCUGGAGAAGUCAGUGGAGAAAAUAAAGAAGGAUCUGAUGCACAACCGCCACUUGAUCUCAGUGCACGAGCUGGAAGAGAAGGCUGUGGUUCUGAGGCAUCUUGGGGAGACACUGACUGAACUGAAAGCUCAGUUCCCAAGCCUACAGAGUAAAAUGCGUGUGGUUUUGCGUGUGGAGGUGGAAGCCGUGAAAUUCCUGAAGGAGGAGCCUCAUCGUCUCGAUGGACUGUUGAAGAGAUGCAAGACUAUGACCGACACUCUCGCUCAGAUCCGCAAACAAGUAAACGAAGGUGUUUGGAACACCCCAGAGAACCUGCACAAUCAGUCCCCAAAACAAAUGACAUCCGAUAGCAAUUUCCCAAAGAGCACAGUGUUUGAGCUGCCAUCUAGCCCUCCGACCAACUUCCACGAAGCUCAGAGCCAAAGCUGGGAGUCCGUGUGCCACAGCGAAGGCACCAACACGAACCCAACUAAGGGGGAGAUGGUGACUGUGAGGACGCAGACUGUUCCAGAGACCAAGAGGGUUGGAGCAGAGAAAUCGGUGUCAGUGGAGGCAGCAGAACGAGACUGGGAGGAGAAACGAGCAGCACUGACUCAGUACAGUGCCAAGGAUAUCAAUCGUCUACUGGAAGAAACCCAGGCAGAGUUAAUGAAAGCUAUCCCCGACCUGGACUUUGCAGCCAAACACAAAAUUACUGGAAGUGCACCAUCCACCCCAGAACACCGAAUCAGCAAACCACAACAGGCCCAAAAGCUCAGCACCAAGAUAGACCCCAAUGGACGGAGGGGAUCUGAUGAGCUAACAGUGCCCAGGUACCGCACUGAGAAGCCAUCAAAAUCACCUCCACCCCCUCCUCCACGCCGCAGCUUCCCUUCUACCCACGGACUCACCACCACUAGGACAGGAGAAGUCAUUGUCACCAGCAAGAAGGAGACCGGACUUAUCAAGAAGUCAGAAUCUGAAGAACUGGAAACCCAAAAGCCUCAGGUGAAGCUGCGCCGGACUGUGUCGGAAGUUGUUCGCCCUGCCUCUACCCCACCAAUCAUUGCCUCUGGUAUCAAGGAUGAUGAUGAUGAAGAUAGGAUUAUUGCAGAACUGGAGGUAUUUCAGAGAAGUUCGGGCUCACUAUUUAUCCCCCAGUUCCAUGGUGACCACACCAUGGCAUCCCAAGUGUUGCCACGUCCAGCACAUCUGUGGUCCAGUGGGGCCGCAGUAACAUCCAGAGGAUGGCAGGCUGUAGAAUCUGAUCAGACUGAAGGAGGCCCAAAGGUCACAGAGGCAACAUCACCCCGACUUUCCUCAGCUCAUGAUCUCCAGGAAUUAUCUGUCCCUACUUCAGUCAACCGAAAGUUCUCUCUUCCUCAGAUCAUCCUCACAGAGUGGACUUCCAACCCACCUUCUCCUACAAAUGAGGGUGAUGGACUUUCUAAUAAGGCUGAUUCUUGGACAGCAGGAAAUUGUGACUCAGUGGAAAGAGAAGUUAAUCGAAUGAGUCCAAGUUACAUAGGAUCCAAGGAUUUAUCUGCUGGGUUUCAUUUUAACAAUUUAUCUUCAGACACUCACAUGUCUUAUUCAGAUUCUGGCUUAAAUCUCAGAGGACCAGAAACCCCAUCUAUGGGUAUUCAUGGGAUGUCUGACAAGGGCAGCAAGACUGAGGAGAGAGAAGAAAUUAUUGGUUUUAUUAUGAUGAAGGGCAGUAUUGUGUCUUUAACCACUGAAGAUAUGAAUGAAUUGGAGAAGAGCGGUGAGGUGAAUGAUAUGAAUGUAAAACAUAUUGGGGAAGUCAAUGAAAAUAUUUUAGCGGAGGAACUCGAUGACAAGGCAGAUGGAAAGCCUGUCCUUUUACUCUUUGAAAAACCGGUGGUGCUUGAAGAUGCUUACAAAAGAUUAUGGAACAUAACAAGGAGCUGGCAACCUUCUGAAGGAUCUGCAGAGGUUCAGCACGCACUGGUGACUUCAGAACUGACAAAAGAUGAAUUUGAUGAGAGCGUGGCCCAAAUGCAGUCAUUUCCAGAGCUCCAAAGAAUGACAGGGCCAUUUGUCCCAGUGCCAAGACCAAGAAACCUUCUAGGAAAAGACUCAAAAUGUCAACGCCCCAAGCACAACAGCUUAGAGCUAUCAAAGGCACACAGCAAGGCAUUGCUAGAAGACUUUCACUCAGGAGUGGCUUCAAAGAUGAGAGUAAUUGAUGUUCAGAAAAUGAUGCAUUCUGCUUUAGAGAAUACAGCCCGCUCCCAUGUUAUUCCAGCACAAGAACAAGACAGAUUGUCAGCAGAUGGAAAUUGUGUGGAAUGGAGAAGCAUGGACAUUUGCAGGAAUACCUAUAAGAGGUUGGCCGGUCUGGAGGAAAGCAUCAGAGAGCUUGAGCUCACCAUAAAUGAAAUUGGUGUACAGCAGCCUGUAGAGUUUACACAAGAUGCAUCUGCUGAGUGUUGUCAACAGUCUUAUGCGCUUCAAAAAGAGACAGGUCAAGGACAAUUAAACAUGCUGAGUGGGAAUGAACCUCUCCAGGCUUUACCAAGAGCGGGUAAUGGAAUACCAGUCAGCUCUCCAAGCAAAACUAAACCUCCACUGCUGCCCAAGCCUCAGAUCCUUAAGAGUGGAGGUGUCUCUAUCCCACCCAUGAAGAUGGUAAACCCGGUGGGUUCCCGGCUGAAGGGCACCCAGCAGACCAGCGGAGACAAGAGUAACAAGCACUCCAAGCAGAGGAUGGAGUACAUGAGGAUCCAGGGCCACCAGCAGGUAGUUUAUCUCUAGAGAAGAUGUGAGCACAAGCAGUGAAAAACCUGAUAACCAAAGGGCUGGACACAUGGAAUGGAGAGAGAAAGACUUUAUAAGGGACCACCAAUGUGUUCCACUGUGCCCUUAUAUCUCCCCAGGCCUGACUGUUACCAAAUCUGCAGCUACUCAACGUUCCAGAUGUACAUAGGAGUCUCCAGAAGCUAUGGCUUUACCCAACGACACUUUGGUUUUUUCAUUUCAGCUCUUUAAUUCUCAGUCCUGUAGGUUUCUGUGAAAAGUCUGGAGGUGUUAGAAUGAUCUUCUUUGUGUGUCAUGUUGUUAGCAAUAAGUGAGAAACCCUUCCCUGAAAGUAGAUGGAGGUUCUCCACUACACCCUUGUCUUUGGUGGUUGCAAAAGUGCUUAGCACCGACUGUCAGUUGCAAUUUCCCUUCUUUGCCUGGGGGGAAGCACAGAGUGGAAGGAAGAGGUGACUUCUGGGUUACUAGACAUAUGGUAUUAUAUGAUCACUCAUAGAGUGAGAAAUGCCAAGACCGGUGAUGCGAUGACCUGUCCCAGACACUAACACUGUUACCCCAGUCAAGCAAUAUGUGUCCUCUGCACAUGGACUGGACUUGGUGGCACAAUUUCAUGGCUUUCCUGGAGACUUUACUAAUCAGGACUUGGGUCUUGGAAGAGGCUGAAAAUCAGCUUUGCAGGGUGGAUUCUUCCUUGUAGAUACUCCUGUCUGCUCUGUCCAGCAGGGUUAAUGGGGACCCCCUUGUAAUAUUGUAUAAUAUAAGCACAGACACUAGGAACACUAUAUCCGUGGCGUGUGUGUGAGUGUGCAAACUGUGUGUCAGCGAAUGGAGCAAAAAUAUCCCCCAGAAUUUCUUUGGUUCCGUCUGUCCAUCCUCUCAACACUUUCCGCUAAAAAAAUCACAUUUUUUUUUUUUUUGUAAAUGAACCAUUUUUUGUACAGACAGAGGCUGAGUUUAUAUAAAGGAAAUAAAAUACAAAAACCCGCACUGUCAUUAUUCUGAAUUGCAAAGGAGCGCUUUACAUUCAGUCAAGUGUCUUACAUUUUCUAUUGAUUUAUGAAAAUAUAUAUAUACAUAUUAUAUACAUCAAAUAAAUGCCUAAUAUAAAUAUAUAUAAUAUAUAAUAUAUAUACUUAAAGGAUUCUUUCCUUGCCUGGUGAGAAAUGGGAAUGGGUGAAUGGAAUAUUUUCUGUUUUUUUUU